AGUGUUAGGCAGACUGAGUUAGAGUAUGAAAAGCAGCCGGUUGCUCGCUUGCGAGGAGCAGACGUUGAAGGAGUUAGAGUUGGUUUGGGACGAAAUUGGGCUGUCGCGCGCCCUGAGAGAAGAGCAUUACGAGCACUUGAUGUGCGAGGUAGAGGGCGUCUAUAAGAAUUUGCUGCGCCAAGAGCGCAAUGUGCGCGAGCAAUACAGGCGAAGCAUAGAGGCUUACACGAACCAGAUCAAAAGUCUCGGAAAGGCCAUGGACUUGUCGCCGGAGGAAGUAGAGAGUGCCCUAGUGACUGGGGAUCAGGGUUCGUUGGUGACCAUUUACGAUGCGCUUUCGAAGAGCCUCGGCAGGAUGGCGAAGUUGAAGGAGGAGCGCUUUGAGGCAAUCAGAGGGGCGCUGGUGAGGAUAUGCAAAUUGGAGUUGGAGCUGGAGCGUCCAGUGAGGGUGUUCGGGUAUUUUUCGGAGUUGACGUCGGCGGGUACGAGGGGGUUUGGGGAGGAAAUGUCGCUGGAGACGUUGGAGAAGUUGGAGUCUAAUGAUGUGCAGGACCUCUCGCUGGGGAUGUUGGAGAAGCUAAGGGGCGUGCUGUUGGAGGAGGAGGGGGAGAAGGAGAAGGUAGAGCGGAAGGUGAACAAGUUAAAGAAGGAGAUCGUUGAGUUGUGCUCAGAACUGGGUGAGGCGGUAGAGCUUUAUAUACCCGAGGCGCCGGAGUCGGUAUCGAGGGUGUCACCCAAAUACGUGUUGAUGUUAGAGGAGAUGGCGUCGUCAUUGAAGAGCGUGAGGGUGAGGAGGGAGUUGAUUAUUCGUGAUCAUCAAAACAGAAUUGAAGCGUUAUGGAAUUUACUUGAAGUGCCGGAAAGUUACAGGAAGGAGUUUUUAGAAAAGCGCAUGGACUAUUCGCUAUCUGCGAUUCGCGUUUGUGAAAGAGAGUUGGAGUCGUUGAGUGCCAGGCGUCAGUCCAAGAUUGAAGAGAUGGUAGCUGAGCUCAAAGUGAAAAUUCGAGCUUAUUGGAACCAGUUAGGGAUUUCGGAGUCCGAGCGACUGUUGUCUGAGAGCUGUUUUGCCGAUCAGGCGAACGAAGGUACAUUAGAGCAUUUGAAGACGUUGGCGUCUCAGUUGGAACACAAGGUUUCUUUGGCCAUUCCGAUUAUCAAUCGAAUAAAAAAGAGAAAUUAUCUGCUUCAGGAGAAGGCGCAGUUAGAGGUCAUGACAGCCGACCCCAAGCGUCUUUUGUCCAAGAAGGCGUCUAAUUUGAAGCAAGAAGAGCGUCUAAGAAAGCGUGUUUCUACGCUCCCCAGCGAGACCGCGACGCUGGUUCAAGCUCUAGAGCGUUGGGCUCAGGAAAACAGCGGUGAGAGAUUUAUGUUUGAAGGCAAGGACUAUCUUAGCUAUUUGAUAGAACAAAUAAAGCUUGAACACGAAGAAGCGCUUAGAGAAAAAGAGAAUCGCAAAGCUCGACUUGGUCUUCUUUCUACGCCCAAGUCUAAAAAUGCUUCUUCUCGCACUGCGCUUUCGUCUGUUAAUUCGGUUUGUCCUCAUACACCUACUCCUUGUCGACGGCCUUCGUCUAGGGUGGCUUACACGCCCUCGCAGCCCUCCCGUCCGCCGUACCAUUUUCUCACGCCCAGACAUUUGCCGCGGCACGAGUAUUGCGCAGAGCCCAUUCCCUACGCUUCGUCGGUUGCCGCGCCGUCCGAGUUUUAGCGUUUCAUAAAGCGUCCCUAUUUUGUGAAUAUUUUUUGCACGCGAGG